AUGUCAAGUACUACCACGACGGAGACGGAAACUUACGUGGAUACCUGGGUUCACUACCACGAUGGUGGUGUACCCGGUCGGAGGCCAGUCCUCAAAGGCACCGCUGCCAAAGAAACGUUCAAUGAACUACCCAAGAUCGACUUCCAACGUAUAUACUCAGACAACCUGGAUGAUAGAAAGGAACUAGCGAGAGAGGUGGGCGCCGCGUGUCGAGACAUUGGUUUCUUCUACGCAGUGAACCAUGGAGUGGAUAAUGACAUAUUGGAAGGCACUUUCGAAGCGUUGAAGGAGUACUUUGCGCUACCAAAAGACAUCAAGAUGGAGACUCAUAACCAAAAGACGGAGAAGUUCAGAGGUUACGAAGCGUUUCUAGAAGGAAAACUCGACCCAAGUACACGAGGAGAUCUCAAAGAAGGUUUCCUGAUGGGCGAAGACUUCACCGACGAAGAGCAACUCUCUCUCGUCUCCUCUCUACCCCCUUCCCCACAAACCCCACGCAAUCAAUGGCCCACCCACCCCUCAGUCUGCUUCUGGCGCCCCGCAAUCUACCGCUACUACAAAGCCAUGUUCGAAUUCAGCAAACGAAUGCUCCACAUCUUUGCCCUCGCUCUUGACCUCCCCGAAGAUUACUUCGACACCAUCACAACGCAUCCCAUGACCAACGUGCGCGCCGUCCACUACCCACCACAAGAGCGACAGAGCGACGUUGGAAUUGGCGCCCACACAGACUUUUGUUGGUUCACGCUCGUCUGCCAAUCCAAAACCGCCUACCCGGCCCUCGAAGUGCUAAACGGAAACGGCAUCUGGGUCCCCGUACACCCACAACCCAACACUUUUGUUGUCAACAUUGCCGAUUUCCUCAAAUUGGUUACGGGCGGUUCCCCCAAUGAAGAUGCAAAGGUUAGCGUUGUGCCACAUUUGAGAGAGGAGGGGGUGCGGUAUGAUGAGUUUGGUGUUGGGGAGUAUUUCCAGAAGAGGUUGGAUAUUGAUCGGAGGACGCAUUUGGAUAGAGACGAGAAGGAGGAGACGGAGAAGAAAGAGGACAAAAGGCCGACGGUGGAAAGGAAGGAUAGUGGGCUUUGA